AUGUCGCAACGCCGUCGCAAGCCGUCGUCGCCCCUUCCUCCAAACGCCGACGACAACAUCACCCCCCUCGGCUACGUCCUUGAGUGGACGCCACAGUCGCGCCACCACCGGCACCGCCUCGACACGGUAGAAAACUUGCGGUCGGAGCUCCUCGGGGGCCGGCCGUCCGGCGUCGAGCAGCUCAUAGUGCUACGCGGCGACGCUGCCGACGCCGCCGAUGUUAGCGACGCACUGUGCAGUCUCGCGGGUGUCGACGGCGGCUUUCUGGAGUGCUUAUCCGGGCGGCCGUAUCGUCCACGCUGUGUCAGCAGCAGGGCUGCGCGCUGGUGCGUGUGGCGGUACCCGGAGGAGGAGACGCAGGCCGGUGGGCGUGCGGUGAUGCGUCGCGCUGCGUUGUGGCUGUCGGCCCCGGUGCCAGUCCUGUUGGUCGACACGCCGCUCGAGCCGGUGACGCGCAGGAGCUACAGGUCAGCGCCGCGACUGCGGCACCAGGACGCGGCGACGCGGCGGUCGGGCUUGCAGCGUGGCGGCGGCGACGAUGGCGGGCGGUACGGCACGGUGGCGCGACACCACCACGUCUCACCGCAGCGACACGCCGCCACGGCCGCCGCGAGGGUCAGCGCGCUAGACGACGAGCUGGCCAGCGCCGUGGACUGUGCCCAGGACAGCAUAGCUCUAGAAGAGGUGCUCGCCGAGAUUGUGUAUGAGCGCUGGGCCGCCCGUAUCGGCGCCCUGAGUCUCGGCGAUGACGGCGACGGGCGCAAGUUGCGGCUGCUCUGGAGCUACAUUGCGAUGCUCGAGCGCAACCUCGACGACGCGCGGUUCUAUUCCCGACAGCAGCAGUUGCGGCAGGCGGUACACCCGCUCGAGCACACGAGCGCGGUGGCGGCGUGGACGGACUUCUCGCGGCGCGUGCAGUUGCGUGUCCAGCUCGCCACAUCAUCUACGGUUACCUCCUCCUCUUCCUCCCAGCGCCACCGCCACCAUGGUGAUGAUUACCCGCCGCGCCGCAGAGACGAUGACGACGAAGCCAUAGCCAACGAGCGCAGCCUCGACCGCAUCGCAUACCUCGGCGGCGUCCUGCUGCCCGUCAGCAUCGUCGCCGGCGUCCUCGCCAUCGAGGGCCGCUACGGGCCCGAGGGUGCCCGGUUCUGGGUCUUUUGGGCUGCGAGCGCGGCCGCCUCGGUCGUCGCCCUGCUCGUCAUCUACCUCGACCAGCUGCGGCUCGAUGAAGUCUGGGUUGCGGUGCCCAGCAGUGGCAGCAGCAUGCAGGCGGGAGGAGGGAAGGUGAUGGCGGCGGCGAGAGCGUGGCGCAGAGAGCGCCUUGGUUGGACGCGAGCGGUGAAGAGGGCGUCUGGGUACUACAAGUUGCGCGGCGCGCGGUGGAUUCGCUUCCAAAGCCCGGUGAGGCUUGAGGAGGAUCGCGGGGAGCACGAGGUUAUUGUAGUCGAAGAAGAGUGA